AUGCUGCUUCUUCCCGCGCAGUCCACAUUACUGCAUCGUUUUGGUGCUGAAAGAUAUCCCAUCUUGGCCCACACCUUUUCGGGCAAGAUGGUGUCGCAAGUGCGGACAUGCCUUUGGAGCACGAUGCUCCCCCUGUUAAGCCUCGGUGUGCUCUCACGGGGCGCAUGCACGACGAAGUUCUUCCCUCUCCCGGCUGCCACGUGA